GAAGCUUCUGCAGAUCUACUGUAGAAAUAAGCAAAACUUUUGUGCCAGUUGUCAUCCCCCAGCACAAGUCUGGGUGAGGAAGAAGUUAUUCAUUUGCUGGAUUCCACACAGGGAGUCCAGGGAAGGGAAUCAAGUGUACACUGGCUGGGCAGGCGGCGCAAGGGAGCCCGGCUGUGACAGAGACUGGACAGGACAGAACGGGACAGGCUGGGGCUGCUGGCUGCCUCUGAGCCUGGUCCUGGGUUCCAGCUGCACUGCUCUAAGGCUCACCAGUUGCCUUCCAUGUCCUGUGAUGGCCAGUUUCCUGUGCUGAGAGAGAGUUGUCAGGGAGGACCUCAAGGUCUGGAGAAAAAUGACCUUUCAAGGAAUCUGCCAUAUACCUGCUGUGUGUUUUUCUCUUGCUAACCUCUGAUCACUGCCACGCAUGGCCCUGGGCCUGCAGAAGUUAACUUGACUAUCAAACUCAGCAUGCAUCAGCUGUUCAGACUGGUUUUGGGACAGAAAGAUCUUUCCAGAGCUGGAGACCUCUUCUCCUUGGAUGACUCUGAGAUUGAAGACAGCCUGACAGAAGCUUUGGAGCAAAUUAAAGUAAUUAGCUCAUCUUCGGAUUAUCAAACCAACAACAAUGACCAGGCCGUGGUGGAAAUCUGUAUCACGAGAAUCACAACAGCCAUCAGGGAGACAGAAUCCAUUGAAAAGCACGCAAAGGCCCUUGUGGGGCUCUGGGAUUCCUGCUUGGAGCACAACCUGAGGCCCACAGGCAGAGACGAAGACACUCCACAUGCAAAAAUCGCAUCUGAUAUCAUGAGUUGCAUUUUGCAGAAUUACAACCGGCCCCCUGUGAUGGUGUUAGCCAUCCCCAUUGCAGUCAAGUUUCUCCAGAGAGGCAACAGGGAGCUGUGCAGGAACAUGUCCAACUACCUGUCCCUGGCUGCCAUCACCAAGGCAGAGCUCCUGGCUGACCACACGGAGGUCAUAGUGAAGAGCAUACUGCAAGGUAAUACAAUGUUGUUGAGGGUGUUACCUGCUGUGUAUGAAAAGCAGUCUCAGCAUAUUAACAGACACCUGCCAGAACUCUUGGCCUUGAUGUCUCAGCUAGAGCAGCCAGAACAGUACCAUCUUCUCCGGCUUUUGUACAUGGCAGCAAAGAGAAAGCAACCAGAGGUACUUCAGAAGUGUAUUCCUUUCCUAAUGGAUCAUUUAAAGGAUUCAACCCAUAGUGAUGUAAUUCUAAACAUCCUCAUAGAGAUCUCGGGCUAUGAACCAGCAGCUUUGGACAGCUUUCUUUCAGCACUAAGGGAGAUAGCUGAGAGAUCUUCCUAUCUUGUUGGACAGGUAGCACGGAUCUAUGGAGCUGUUGGACAUGUAGAUGAGGAGAGAGCCAGGAGCUGCCUGCCGUUCCUGGUGAGCCAGCUGGCCAGCAUGGAGCAUUCCUUCCACCACCUUCUCUUGCUGGAGAUUAAGAACCUCACCGACACUUUCUCCUCCAUCCUGGGCCCGCAGAGCAGAGACAUCUUCCGCAUGAGCAACAGCUUCACCUCCAUUGCCAGGCUUCUCACCCGACAGCUGGACACUCAGGCCAGAGGUGGCAGGAGAAAACCCAGCACUGAAACCGAUAUCCCUGAAAAGCUGAAAGAAACCAAGCUCACUGUAACUGACAGUGAAGACCAUGGAAAGCUCCAAAUUAAAAUACAGGCUUUUGAAGACAAAAUAAAUGCUGGAAGCAAUACUCCUGCUUCUAUCAGAAGAUACAGUUUGGGUCACAUUUCUAAGGAAGAAAGAAAAGACAUUCGAUUUAACCGGUCAAAAAGCAUGGCUUUGCACACUCUGCUUACCAGAGGUGCAAGAUCAGAUGAUGGGGAAGCUGUUGAGAGCAGCGUUACACCUGCCAGCAUCUCACUUUCAGAAAUAGACCCAAGUGGCCAAGGGCAUGACCAGUCAGAUGGUAAGACUCAUAGGUCACAGCUGGGAAAUCCUUCAGUUUCACAUCCAAGUGUUAUACAUAUAGAAUCUGAGGAUUUGCCAGAAAUGGCUAAAGAAAACGAUGAGGAAGAAAUUCCAGAGGUGACUUCAAGUCCCACAGAAUACCACGAUAAGCUCUACCUGCAUGUAAAGGAAAACUUCAGCAAAGUAAAAGCUUAUGCGGUGCAAAUUGCAAAGAAGAUUCCAGCCCCUGACCAGUGCACUAUUGAAGAUUCUGUCAGGAGCUGUGUGGCAAAGUUGUUCUUCACCUGCUCCCUGAAGGGGCAUUACUGCCUCUACAGCAAAUCCAGUUUCAUUCUCAUUAGCCCAGAGCCUCAGCCGUGGAUCCAGAUCAUGUUUCUAUUCCAACAGAGUCUGCUUCCUGAGCCCCUGUCCAUACAGAGCCACUCCGUGCAGCCCCUCCGAGCUCUGUGGGAGAAAACACAGGUAGAGGGAGCUCACAGCUUCGAAACGGCCAUGACUGAGUCCAUGUUCCCACAGCAGAAGGAUCUGGACCAGGUACAGCUCCAUCUGGAAGAAGUGCGCUUCUUUGACGUGUUUGGCUUCAGCGAGGCAGCGGGGGCGUGGCAGUGCUUCAUGUGCAACAACCCGGAGAAAGCAUCUGUUGUAAAUCAAGAAGGCCAGCCCCUCAUAGAGGGAAAAUUGAAAGAGAAGCAAGUCAGAUGGAAGUUCAUCAAAAGAUGGAAAACUCGUUAUUUCACAUUGGCGGGGAAUCAACUCCUGUUUCAGAAAGGAAAAUCUAAAGACGACCCCGACGACUCCCCGAUCGAACUCAGCAAAGUACAGAGUGUGAAAGUCGUGGCCAAGAAACGCAGGGACCGCUCUCUCCCACGGGCUUUUGAAAUCUUCACUGACAGUAAGACUUAUGUUUUCAAGGCCAAAGAUGAGAAGAACACAGAAGAGUGGCUCCAGUGCAUCAAUGUGGCAGUUGCCCAGGCCAGAGAACGAGAAAGUAGGGAAGUCACCACUUAUCUGUAGGGAUCUUUAUGAUGGGCUCGGCAUCAUCCUUGACAAAGUACAAUAAGGCGAUAAGUUCACCAAGACAUGUUGUUUUGAUGAAACGCCAGUGCAACAGUCACCCCCUGAGAAGCAGGACCUAACAGGGACAACACUCUGUAAAUUGUGUAUGCUGGUGACAUGUGAAUUUACUCACACCAUCUGUGUGUUCACUUAAGGAAAAGGUGCUAUAGAUAGUGUGGGGCCAGAAGGCAGGCAGUCGAUAAAUUAUCACUGUAAUGGACUGAAUGAUCUAUCCCAGGGAAGAUUUUAAGCACAUCCAGUGAGAGCCACAGUCUACCAAGAUAUUAAAAAGGAGGGAGGGAAAAAAGCUAUUAGAAAAAGUCAAAUGAAUCAACAUUUGAGGAAAAUUAUGAAACUUACUUCUACACAUAUAGUUAAUUACACCUAUCCUCUCCUACUACAAAUAAGAUUCACACAUGGUAAAUGGUUGGUUAUUAAAUUAAGCCAAUUAUGUAAUUGUCUGUUUUUCCAAACUUUUUAAAUGACUAUUUCUUCUGGACUUGUGUAAUAUACUUCAAUGUUUAGACACCUACCCAGAGCAGUGAGUAUAAAAUACACUAAGCAGGAUGGGGUAGAUAACAUAAUGGCUAUGCAAAGAGACUCUCAAGCCUGAGCCUCCAAAGUCCCAGGUUUGAUUCCCCACACCACCAUAAGCCACAGCUGAUCACUGCUCUGGUAAAAAAAAAAAUAGACUAUGUAUAGGAAAUGAUUCUUAGAUCUUCAGAGCAUGUGCUAGCUCCAUUCAAAUUAGAGAUUUUAAAGUUCUAUAAUUGUCUUCUUUGCAUUCUACUUUCUACUGCCUUCAAAGGACAAAUAAUUACUGGGUUUUAUCACAAGCCCCCCCCCCAUUUUUAAUUAGUUGUGGGAGAUGAAAUGUUGGGAUGAGUCCCAAUAACACACACUUGGUACAAUCUCUACCCCUUGUGUGUGGUGGUGCUUCUAAUGGCAAGAAUACAGCAAAAGGAAGAUGACUGUCUUUCCAGUGGCUAUGCUAUACUAUAUGGCAAAAGCCAAGACAAGUCACAGGUGUGAUUAAGUUGCCUAACCCACUAACAGAGCUAAUUGAAGAGACAUAAUCCUGGAGGAGCCUGACAUAAUAGAGGAUCCCCUUUGAGAGAGGCUGGAGAAGUCUGAGACUCUGACUUGGACUAAGUAAGCAAGAGGCCAUGAGCUCUACAGCUGUAAGGAAAUAAGAUAAAAUCCAGCCAACAACCAGUAACUUUAGAAGAGGUCCCCAAGCUUCAGAUAAGAGCCAGCCCCGCUCAACACCUUGACUGCUGCUUUCUGACACCCUGAACUCUCUGGCCCAGUGGGGCCAUGCGUGGACUCCUGACCCACAGGAACUAUACAAUAAUAAAUACAUUCUGGCACAA